AUGGCAAUGAUCAUAUAUCCUCAUCAUCUCAUUGUCUCUCCUGUGCUGUUUUGCAUGAGUUUGUUGUCCAGCUCUGUAGUUUUGUGGCGUUGCGGGUUAAGCAUUUUAUUUAUAAUUACAUGGUAAAUGGUGUUUGGUGCUUUCUGUGAAGCAAUGAUGUCAUUUUCCGCUAUAUGACUAAGCGUUCCUGUUUUGCUCGUGUGGACUGUAAAAACACAGGAAAUUGCAAAAGCAUGCACGACCGGUUUUGUGAGAAAUUAAACAUGCAUCGUAACACAAUUUAAGAUAUUUUGGAUGAAAACCGUGAGGCUUGUGACUGUCCCAUUGACUAAAUUACACUGUCAAGGUUUAGAAAAGUAUGAAAGAGUAUUCUAAUUAUGUUUUCUGGAAAGCAUUUACCUGGCAGUCAGUCUUCCAGCUUUCAUCUCAAAAUUUAUCAGUGUUUAUUUUUCUCCGGUCAUAGAGAUUUUUCCGCCUGUUCAUUAAGUUGGCAAUGCGAGGAUUCACGCAGACCAAAACAAAAAUGGAUGCUGCGACACAGAACACAGAAGUGCAUUUCCACCACUGAAUAAAAAUGUUAACAAACAUUCAAAACCGCAAGGUACAAAGUCGCAUAUCUAAGAUAUAAGGUCAGAAAUGCUAUAAAAUCUUGCAGUUGUGACUCAGAAUUGCGAGUUUAUAUCUUAUAUGUUGAGAACAUAUUAGUCUUUUUUUUUUCCCCAUCAGAAUUGUGCUUUGUAACCCGCAAAUGCACGGUUCUGAUCAUUUGUGUAUAAAAAAUCUAAAUUGCCAGUUUGUAUUACACAGUUUGCGAGAAGAAAAGUCAGAAUUGCACAUUUGCGUUACACAAUUGCAAGAAAGUCAGUUUUGUGAGGCAAAAACUAAAUUAUCUCGAAACUUAUUUUUAUGCUUAAGCACCUUUAACAUCCACUGAAGCUUUCCAUUUCACAAAAGUGGAAAAAAAAAUUCUUCUUUAUAAAAAAAAGUUAUUUUAAGAAUGAUUCAUUGAAAGAUUGUUUAGGCAGCCGAACGUGGCUCUUUUAAGAGUGAAGGGUAUGUUCUUGACCUGUAUCUGUUGUACAUGAUGAGCAUCUGUGUGUGUGUGUGUGUGUGUGUGUGUGUUGUGUCUGUAUAGUGCGUUUAGCUCCUCAGGAUGUACAGCUUUAUGGGAGGGGGCUUAUUCUGUGCCAUCGUGGGCAACAUCCUGCUGGUGGUCUCCACGGCGACGGACUACUGGAUGCAGUACAGACUGUCCGGCAGCUUUGCUCACCAGGGCCUGUGGAGAUACUGCAUGUCUGGCAAAUGCUACACGCAGACUGACAGCAUUGCUUACUGGAAUGCGACCCGGGCUUUCAUGAUCCUCUCAGCGAUGUCGUGUUUUGCGGGAAUCAUCGCAGGCAUCCUGUCCUUCGCUCACUUUUCUGCCUUUGAGCGAUUCAGCCGUUCCUUCGCUGCAGGGAUCAUGUUUUUCAUCUCCACGCUCUUUGUUCUGCUCGCCAUGGCCAUCUACACCGGGGUGACGGUCAACUUCCUCGGGAAGCGUUUCGGGGACUGGCGUUUCUCGUGGUCUUACAUUCUGGGCUGGGUUGCUUUGCUCAUGACCUUUUUUGCAGGUAUAUUUUACAUGUGUGCCUACAGGAUGCACGAAUGCCGCCGAGUGGCCGGUUCUCGCUAAAAUGCAAGAGCAUGUUUUCCAGAAACCCAUACAAACACUCAAGUGUCUAAACAUGUAUAUACAGGUUUUUGUACCAGCGUAAGUUGGCAGAAAGAUAAAAUACACCACAUUCUGAUUCUGUAAGACUUCUUUAGUCUCUAUCCAAACAGAUGCACAUUUAAGAUGAAAUAUGAAUCGCACGAUCCUAAAUGAAUCUGAAUCAUUGUUCAUGCACAGAGAAGCAAAAUUUCAAAUAAAAUCUCA